UUUCGUUGUCAACCUGGUCUGUUGCGUUUUCUCGGCUUCCGCCUGGCGGGAACAGCUUCCUUCCAUUUUUGAUUCUUGACCAUGGCUCCUCCGCCGCGCUUGCGCAUUUUAUCAGGUUGGUAUUCCCUCUGCCCCGAUUCCUACGACUCUCCCCUCCCUCUUCCACCUUGCAAUCAACCCGUCAGACCUCUCUCCCGCAAACCCGGAAGCUCCGAGAAUGGUCGUCCGUUUUCUAACUCGAAGAAUCUGUAUAGUCGGCAGCAAUGCUAUCUCUGCAUUCCUUUCCUGGAGACUUCAGGCCACCACAUCCUGCGACGUCACACUAGUUUGGAAAUCGGGCUUUGAGUCGGUAUCUCAAUAUGGUGUAUCCUUUAAGUCGAAAUCGUUUGGAAAUGAACGAUUCAAGCCUCGCCAUGUCGUUCGUACCCCAGAAGAAGCUGCCUCGCGCGAAAACGCCUACGACUAUGUCAUCCUGUGUAUCAAAGCACUCCCCGAUGUCUACGAUUUAGCUGCAGUAAUCGAAUCCGUCGUUACCCCUCAACAUACUUGUAUUUUGGUCAAUACGUCAAAUACCCUCGGCGUUGAGUCUCACUUGGAGCAACGGUUCCCCACAAAUGUUGUCCUGUCGCUUGUUUCGGGCGUGGAAAUCACUCAGACUGGGGCCAGCGAGUUUGAGCACCUCAACUCUUCAGAUCUCUGGGUCGGGUCAACAAGUAGCAAUUCUAGCAUUCCUGCUGAGAUCCAGGACGACAUGGCCUCCGCAUUGGCGAUGACUUUGGCCUCGGGACAGGUUGAUUGCAAAGUAUCGAAGAAUAUCCGACAGGAGCAAUUCGAACGGAUGAUCGGACCUAUUGCAUUCUAUCCAGCCAGUGUCGUGUUUGAGACUGCGAAUCACAAACAACUCUUGGAAAAAGUAGGAGUCCGCCACUUGGUGACAGAUGUCCUCGACGAACUACUCGACCUUGCGAAGGCUUCGGGCUGCUCUUUCCCCUCUGAUUUCAGCCAAAAAACCAUUGAAAAGAUGACCAAUACCGAAGCACCCAGUACAAUGUACCAAGAUUUUCAAGCUCGACGUCCGAUGGAGAUCGAGACCUACCUCGGCUCUCCUAUCAAACUGGCUACCGAUCUCGGCAUCAAAAUUCCCCGCAUUGAAACCCUCUAUGCAAUGCUGCAUCAUAUCAAUACCACAAAUCUCAACCGACCCCGAGCCGGCGAUUCGCCACCACCUUUGCUAGCUCAACCCCCUCCACGAGUAUCUUCUGUGCCUCCUCAAAGAGGUAUGGCCAACGGCCCGAUGCGCCCCUCCCCUAGCCGGAUGGGCUCAGGAAUGAUGCCCCCACGCCGCGGGCCACCUAUGCAGGGAAUGCCUAGACCUCCAAGCGCUCAGCCUCCCGCCCCUGGACCCGGUCGUAUUCCUCGUGAGCCUUCAUUAGAAGGCCUAGAGGAGUUCAGCCACUUGGUUCUAUAUGACGAUGCUGGCGAGGGUGGAAUGCCCCCGCACCCUGGAGCCAACGGUUACCAUGAUAGGCCCGCUGGCCCUCCCUCGUCUUCUGCGGAAUUAGCCUUGAGAGAGCGGGAGCUAGCGCUCCGGCAGCGAGAGCUGAUGGUUCGGGAGCAGGAAAUGGGUAUGAGGCGAGGAGGCCCACGGAGAGCGCCCCCCCCACGAGCGGCGUUUGAUGAAGAGGAUGAGGAUGACUACUUUGAUCCAAUGGAUAGUCUGCCAAUUCCGCAUGUUGACCCUGAUAGCGUGGAUAUGAUGAGUAUAACUUCCCGCAGAGCCAAGAAAGCUCCCUCUGCGAGUCAAAUCCGCAAAAAUCCAGAAAUUAAUGUGAACGGUGGCCGACCGGGGUCUUCAUUCAGUCGCUACUUUGGAGGAGGGCGGAAACGCGCCAGUGAUCGUAUCAUGCAAGAAAUCCCCGGUCUUCAUGACUCACUCAUGGAUAACCCCAUGAUGGCGUACUCUUCCAACCGAUAUGGAGCCGUCGACAGAAAUCAGAUGCAAGCCGGUUCUCGUGCCAAUUCUCUGACGGCGAGUCGAAUGGGCGACUUCCCACAUCCUGGGUUCCCCGGGAGUAGAAGAAAUAGCCAAUCUCCGGGGACGCCAUAUGGCGGCCCUCCAGGCCCUCGAAUGGGCCGGCCGGCCACUGCCCAAGACCCCGGUCUGGCUCCACCAAAUGGUCCGAUGAAUGGGAUGAAUGGGAUGAAUGGCGGCCACCCGUCGCCUCCAGGGGCCAUGCGAGCGCCUGUGCCUAGGUACCCGCCGGGACAAGGGAAUGCGGUAGGUCCGCAGCAAGUGGAGCAGCAUUAUGGGCGCGGGGAGUGGUGAUAGCGGAGCCAGUGCCAACCUUGAUUCCGAGAACUCGGCCCAUAGCAGUCAAAUCAGCCUGGGCCGCCAACAAACGGCGGCUCCUGUCCGUUAAAUCACG